UAUAAACCUCUCUACUCUCUACCCAAAACCUUAUCCUUCAUUCCUAUCUAUUUCUCAAUCCUUUCAAGUUUUCAAAACCAGUAGCCAUGUCUACCGCUUCUGCCUCUUCUCUUGUUCUCCCUUCUCUCAAUCCCAAAACCCUUUCUUUAUGUAACCCUAAUAAACCCAUUUCACUCUCUUUCAAGCUCCAUGCAAAACCAAUCUCAAUUCCCUCUUCACUUUUCAGUUCCUUUGUACCUCUCCAGCAGCAACCCUAUUCUUCUUCUUCUCGGUUCGUUCCGAGCGUUGCCAUUUCUUCUGAAUUUGGACAAGAAGAGGAUGUUUCUAGUGAUGGAGACGAGUCUAGUUUCUCUCAAGACCUUAAAUUGUUUGUGGGUAAUCUUCCUUUUAAUGUUGACAGUGCUCAGCUUGCUGGUUUGUUUGAAAGCGCUGGAAAUGUUGAGAUGGUUGAGGUGAUAUAUGACAAAGUAACUGGAAGAAGCAGAGGAUUUGGUUUUGUGACCAUGUCAUCUAUUGAUGAAGUUGAAGCUGCUGCUCAGCAGUUCAAUGGCUAUGAACUUGAAGGGAGGGCACUGAGGGUUAAUUCUGGACCUCCUCCCCAGCGGGAAUCUUCCUUCUCUAGAAGCCCAAGGUUUGGCGGCGGCGGCGGCGGUGGCGGCGGCGAAUCUCUUGAAGGCAACAGGUUAUAUGUUGGUAACCUUUCUUGGAGUGUUGAUAACUUGGCACUUGAGAGCUUUUUCAGUGAGCAAGGGAAGGUUGUGGAUGCUAAGGUGGUCUACGACAGGGAGAGUGGUAGAUCAAGGGGCUUUGGUUUUGUUACUUAUAGUUCUGCUGAAGAGGUUGAAAAUGCCAUUGAUUCCUUGAACGGCGCUGAAUUGGAUGGCAGAGCAAUUCGUGUGUCUGUUGCAGAAGCUAGGCCAAGGCGUCAAUUUUGAGCUCUAAACUUAUGCUGUUUUUCUCCCUGGACAAAAUACUUCGGGGACUUGGGAGAUAAGCACCUGCAAUGAAUUGCUGUUCGUCAAAAACAUGCGAAGUGUUCUCCUUUUUCCUGGACUGCUCUAUGCCUGACAGUGAUGAGCCACUUUGAUUUAUGGAUCUAGAUGAACAGGAGCCCUGCGAUGAAAUUUCUUGAUGUAUGUUUUGGGUGCCAUGAUAUUCUGAUGAAAAAACUUAUAUGUAGGCUAUUUAUAGAGUUAAUGUAUCACUGAUUUUGAUUUUGGUUUC